AUGCCAAAUCAUCGGCAGGGUUGGCGUGGAGGCUGGAAUGACGGCUGGAAGCAGCAACAUCAUGGUCGUUGGCCUCGUGAUGCCAAAGGCACCGAGCACGAGGUGAAGGAAGGCUGGAGUUGUCGCACGAGACAUGAUUCAGGCGGCCUUCAAGACGAAGGCUGGAGUCAUUCUUGGCGCAGCUGGCCGCAGGAUAAAGGUAGUGGUGCUACGCAGCUCGAUGGUGACGGGGAUGAAGGUUGGGGAUGGUGGAGCAAUGACAGCAGGCGUGACUCAGGCUGGAGUCAUCCUUGGCGCAGCUGGCCGCAGGAUAAAGGUAGUGCGGCUGCGCAGCUCCCUGGCGAAGGGGAUGAAGGUUGGGGAUGGUGGAGCAAUGACAGCAGGCGUGACUCAGGCGGCGUUCAAGAAGAAGGCUGGAGUGAAAGUUGGCGCCAGUGGUCUGAGGACGAAGGCUUCAAAACGAAGCUGCCGCAGAAGCAAGACGAAGGUUUGGACCAGCAGCUGCAAAGCAAAGCCGCAGGUCGGCUCUUCGCCCGGGCUUUGCGGUCUGCUACGAUCCCACAGCGCCGAGUCGGGCCAGAGCCCUCGGAGCCCUCCGAGACUGCAACCGUGGCCCCGGCUCCGAGAGAGACUUGGGCGGCGUGCCCAAAAGAGAGUGACAUCCACUCCCAAAUGUGCGGUACUGGGCGCGUCGACCCCUUCGACGUGGGCUAUGCAUGUACGAGCAUCCCGGACCAUCAGCCCGACGGCAGGGCUGCCAAGCAGCCCCUCAGCCGUGUCUGGCAGUCCGCCAAAGUGCUGGACGACGGCAAGAUGGUGUACAUCGGCCACGAGCAGCCCAUCGAGGUCUUCCGAGCAAAGCUCGCGAACGGCCGAGAGCAGCUCUUGACUACAGAGGGGUGGAAGCUGUACAUUUUGCAGAGGUCCGCCCUGGCCCGGUACCCCAAGAAGGCGGUCAUCGCCCCAAAGAUCCUCAUGGACGAGGAUGUCAUCAACGAGAAGAUUCAGAACGCGGACAUCCCGGACGAUGUGGACGCCACGUGUAUGACGUCCGAGGACGGGUCGGGUCCUGGCGCAGGCCGAGCUCCUGCGGGCUCCGAGCUUCUCCGGGCCCUGGAGGUAUCUGCAGCAUCUCUCUGGGCCCUCGGGGCCCUUGUCGGAGUGCUGGUCUUCCGAGCAAAGCUCGCGAACGGCCGCGAGCAGCUGCUGACCACGGAAGGGUGGAAGCUGUACAUUUUGCAGCGCUCCGCCCUUGCGCGGUACCCAAAGAAGGCGGUCAUCGCGCCGAAGAUCCUCAUGGACGAGGACGACAUCAACGAGAAAAUUCAGAACGCGGACAUCCCGGACGACGUGGACGGGACCUGCAGUCUUAGCUUCCACCCUUCCGUGGUAAGCUCGAGCACAGCGGAUCUCUGUGACACCGGAUUCAUGCACUGCACCACAAAGGUGGAGCUGAAGAACUUGAACGACAGCCGUGGCGAAUCUCGAAAGACACUCUUGCGAAGUCAGCCGCGGUGUGCAGACAUGACCAGUGAGAGCAUGUGGCAGCGUCAGUCCACGGGCCAUUAUGUGAUGGCUGGGACACCGGUGGCAACCUGGCAAACGCACGCGGCCAGCCCCUGCCGGCAGCUGGACCAUGCUGGAAGACAAGUCUUCAGCACAUGGUACCUGCUGAAUCUUGCAUUGCACAGCCCAUCCUUUCGGCACCUCAACCUCAGCACCUUGCUUCUGUCUGAGAAGGCUGGAAUGACGGCUGGAAGCAGCAACAUCAUGGUCGUUGGCCUCGUGAUGCCAAAGGCCCGGUGCCCUCUGCAAACAGUCGCCUGCCGAUAUGAGAUGUGCUGCGGCGCUGCGCGAGGCACCGAGCACGAGGUGAAGGAAGGUAGCAUAGAAAAGCACUUCAGCGAGCAAUAUGGAGCACUCCUUGGCGACAGGCUGGAGUCAUUCUUGGCGCAGCUGGCCGCAGGUAGUGGUGCUACGCAGCUCGAUGGUGACGGGGAUGAAGGCGUCGCCUCUGCCUGUGAUGAUUCGCAGUGGCGUGCCGUGUGCAAGCAGGUUGGGGAUGGUGGAGCAAUGACAGCAGGUAGUGCGGCUGCGCAGCUCCCUGGCGAAGGGGAUGAAGGCCAGGCGCUCAUGGGCUGGAGUGAAAGUUGGCGCCAGUGGUCUGAGGACGAAGGCUUCAAAACGAAGCUGCCGCAGAAGCAAGACGAAGGUUUGGACCAGCAGCUGCAAAGCAAAGCCGCAGGUCGGCUCUUCGCCCGGGCUUUGCGGUCUGCUACGAUCCCACAGCGCCGAGUCGGGCCAGAGCCCUCGGAGCCCUCCGAGACUGCAACCGUGGCCCCGGCUCCGAGAGAGACUUGGGCGGCGUGCCCAAAAGAGAGUGACAUCCACUCCCAAAUGUGCGGUACUGGGCGCGUCGACCCCUUCGACGUGGGCUAUGCAUGUACGAGCAUCCCGGACCAUCAGCCCGACGGCAGGGCUGCCAAGCAGCCCCUCAGCCGUGUCUGGCAGUCCGCCAAAGUGCUGGACGACGGCAAGAUGGUGUACAUCGGCCACGAGCAGCCCAUCGAGGUCUUCCGAGCAAAGCUCGCGAACGGCCGAGAGCAGCUCUUGACUACAGAGGGGUGGAAGCUGUACAUUUUGCAGAGGUCCGCCCUGGCCCGGUACCCCAAGAAGGCGGUCAUCGCCCCAAAGAUCCUCAUGGACGAGGAUGUCAUCAACGAGAAGAUUCAGAACGCGGACAUCCCGGACGAUGUGGACGCCACAUAUAUGAAAUCCGAGGAUGGGACGCGUGUUAUGUUCUCCUGGAGGGACGUGCUGGCAAGCAAGUCCAAAGCUAAGUGA